AUGGAUGAUGAUUCAACAUCAAUUGAGUCUGGUGGCGUCACAAGUGCUGAUGAAUGGCAUGAUGCAUCAGCUGAAAAUUCGACUUAUGCUAAUACGAAUAGUUCGAUAUCGAAAGAAAAUUAUCAUGAAAAAUCAUCGUUUGAAGAAGUAUCGAUAGCAAACAAAAAAAAAUCGAAUAAGAAAACAAUGACUGAGUGUUCUCUGAAAUUCAAUGGACAAACUUCGAUCAAUGCUGAGCUAAAUGUAAGCCCAGCACCUUUAUGUUACGAAGAACAAGCUAGAAAAGAACGAGAAAAUUGUGAUUACUCAAUCAAAAUUACUUUAGAUAUGGCUAAAGAAAAUGCAGCACCAAGAAAAAUUCGUAUUUAUGCUGAUGGUAUUUAUGAUUUAUUUCAUGUUGGUCAUGCUCGACAAUUGAUGCAAGCAAAAAAUUUAUUUAAAAAUGUUUAUCUACUUGCUGGUGUUUGCAAUGAUAAUUUAACACAUAGUAAAAAAGGUAAAACGGUUAUGAAUGAAACUGAACGUUAUGAAAGUGUUCGACAUUGUCGUUAUGUUGAUGAAAUCGUAACAGAUGCACCAUGGGUACUUGAUGAUGAUUUUUUAACAAAAAAUAAAAUUGAUUUUGUUGCUCAUGAUGAAGUGCCAUAUGGCGCUGAAGGUAGUGAUGAUAUUUAUCAACAUAUUAAAGCUCGUGGUAUGUUUGCUGCUACUCAACGUACUGAAGGUGUAUCAACAUCGGAUAUAAUUUGUCGUCUUGUACGUGAUUAUGAUAUGUACGUCCGACGAAAUCUAGCUCGUGGUUAUUCGGCUCAAGAUUUAAAUGUUGGUUUUAUAAAAAAAAGUCAACUUGAAUUGCAGACAAGAAUUGAUACAGUGAAAUCGAAAAUUCGUACAUAUGAAGAAGAAUCAAAAACAUUUAUGGAACGUUGGGAAGAUCGAAGUAAAGAGUACAUACACAGUUUUAUUGGUUUAUUCGAACGUACAGGUGUUUUGAAUCUAUUACAUAGAACACGACCACAAAUUACACUUCCAAGUACUCCUAAUAAACGGAAUGAUAUAGUAAAUGGUGACACGACAGUAUUCGAAGAGGAUUUCGAUGAAAACAAUUUAAACAAAAUACAUUGA